AUGACCACACAAAUCGCUCCUCUGGGUCCUGCUCCUGCUAUUCCUGCUACUGACAAGGAGUACUCUUUCUUCGAAGCUCUCGCUCUUGGUCCAAGGGAAUCCUUCUCGCUCGUCUCCAACGAAGCACUCGGUCUCCCCAGCAGUCCAACCAGCCCUACCAGACCUACAGCGAUAUCUGAGCAACAACAACAAAAGUCACGGUCACCACUGCUGUCUUCUCUCCCUGAGCUCACUCCGUCCGGUCGACCGGCCACACCUCCUCACACCAAGAAGCGCCUCGCGCAAGUUUCUGCCCAGGCUUACGUUCCCGCUAGUCCUUCAAGGAGCGCUACAGUGCUACCCACACCAAAGUCAGCCACAGCGCCGCCAUCAUCCUCUCUCAAACAGGCACCCUCUGUCACCACCUCGUCUGUUCCUAGCAACACAGCUCCCCGAUCGCUCAACAGCAAAAAGAGCAACGUCAUGGCCAACACAGUAAAAGCCCAGGGCGCAUGCCUGGAGCUAUGCCACAAGACCACCGCCCUCGGCGACCGCAUCUCGGUCCGCAUGCUCGAGUACCUCACAAUGGUGACGAAGCAACCCCACGGCCUCGACGUCCUCGCCCACGACUUCCUCGACACCUGCGAGAUCCUCUUCUCCAUCGAGGCCGGCCUCGGCGAGUGCAUCCGUAACCAGCAGACCUUCCCCGCCGACGUCAUCUCAGAGCUGAGCAAGAAGUUCCGCGUCACACAAGCAGACUUUCAGCUCCUCGAUCAGAUGCUCGGCAGGUUUCUGGAGAAUGAGCGCAAGGGCACCAUGGGUCGCAUGCGUCGUGGAUGGGGUCGCAUCUUUGGCGAUAACGAUAUCGAAAAGAUGAUCAACGCCCUCGGCCGCACACGCGAGAGUCUGCGCAUGAGCGCUCUCAUGUUCCAGUGGAGUCUCGGCAACGAAAAGAUUGAGAAUGAGCUCGGUAUUGGUUACACCGGUCUCGCAGCUGCUCUCGACCGCAUGGACUCCCGCGCUGGUGUCGCUCCCCGAUCAAAGGUCUCCGACGCUGGCGGUUCUCAGUACAGGCCGUCUUCCGCCUCUGCUCAUCGCGGUAUGGAGGGCCAUCAAAUGUCCAUCAACUCACAGCCUCCUCUGCCCCCUCUACCUUGGGCUGGUGGUGGCACUGCUUCUCUACAUACCGAUACCAUGGCUGCGUCUAUCCACAACGAUGCGCGCUCAUUCAGCGGCCAUCAUCAACCCAACGGUGCCAGUUCAGUGCACUCCAAUGAGCGAUACCACUCUGGCACAACAGCUACCUUUGAUCGCAUGAGCACUUUUGAUGAGCACCACGAGACACGGUCGCAGCACACUCAAAUAUCAGAUAGCGAAGUCUCUCUUGAAGAGCUUGCCGGUCUUGAUCUCAACGGCGGCACCAAGACUGUCCGCAUCAAGGCCGACCCCUUCAGCAUGCCCCGCUGGAACCCCCGCAACACUGUCGGUGCUGACGCCGCCAACCUCAAGACAGCUCUCAUCAGCGCUGUCCGCGGUAAGAACCACAAGCUCAUCGAGCAACUCCUCGACCGUGGUGUUUCCCCCAACACAGGUCCUGAUCACCUCGCCCUCAAGGAGGCUGUUCUCAACACCGACUCUGAGGCUGUCCGUCUGCUUCUUCUCUUCGGUGCUGACCCCAACGGUAUUGACCGCGAUGGCGUCACUCCUCUCUUCGCUGCUGUCGAGAGAUCAUUCAUCGCCGGUGCCGUCCCUCUUCUCAAGUAUGGCGCCGAUCCCCGCUUCCAAAUCGGCCCCGACAACGAGACCGCCCUUGCUGCUGCCUGCAUGGCCAACAAGGUCAACUUUGCUCAUCUCCUCUUGAUCUAUGGAGGUGACCCCAACCAGCUGACCGCCACUGGCGAGACGCUCCUCAGCAGCGCCAUCAACAAGAAGACGCCCAAGAGGUUCAUCGACCUCAUCCUCGACUACGGCGCUGAUCCCGACGGCAAGAGUCGCGAGGGAAAGACUGCUCUCUUCGAGGCUAUCCAGAACUCUCGCGUCGACAUCGUCCAGAGUCUUCUCGACCACGGCGCUGACCCUAACUUGCCUGGUCCCAAGCACAUGCUCUGGCCCUCGACAUACCAGUCAGCAUGUCUGCAGGUCCUCCUCAACCACGGCGCCGACCCCAAGAAGGCGCCCGGUAUUAUGGAGCUCGCCGUCAGUGUCAACAACAUCGAGUCGGUCAAGAUUCUCAUCAACGCCAAGGUCGACCCCAACCUCAAGAAGGAUGGUGUCUACACUCCUUUGUGUACAGCGAUUCGUGACAACCGACCCGACAUCUUCCACCUCCUCCUCGCCAACAAGGCCGACCCCAACGUCCCUGCUAGCGAGUACCCUACAUUCAAGUGCAUUACUCACAACCGUCUUCAAUACCUCCCUCGUCUUGUCGAGGCUGGUGCCAACCUUUCUUCGCCCAAGGGUAUUGUUGAGACUGCUGUCAGCGUCAACAACAUGGAGGCUCUUACAUGGCUCCUUGAGAAGGGCAUGAACCCCAACGACAAGAACCCCAAGGGUCACUCUCCCUUGACGACCGCCAUCCGAGAGAACAGGAUCGAGAUGGUCGACUACCUCCUCAACAACGGCGCCGACCCCAACGUCCGCGGUCAAGACUGGCCCGUCUGCAUGGCCGUCCGCAACCCCCCCAUCCUCAAGCGCAUUUUGUCUGUGCUCGCCGAGCCCCGCGCCUUCAAGGGAGUCAUGGAGAUGGCCGUCGUAGCCAACCAGCUCGAGUCCGUCAAGCUGCUCCUCAACGCCGGCGUCUCAGUAGAAGACAAGAACGGCGGUGUUUUCUCUCCUCUCACAUCCGCCAUCCGCGAAGACCGCAAGGACAUCGUGUGGUACCUCAUCAACGAGGGCGGCGCCGACAUCAACGCCCCCGGCGAGCAUCUCCCCGUUGUCAAGGCCCUCCGCCGAUACCGCGGCGACGGCGAGAUCCUCGAGUUUCUCCUCGAGCACGGCGCGGACCCCAACAAGUUGUACCGCGGCUGGAACGGCGUCAUGCAAGCCGUCGAGAACGGCGACGAGCAGAUCCUCCGUCUCCUCGGUGAAAAGGCCGGUUUUGAUCUCGAUGUCAAGGAUGAGCUUGACCGAUCUGCUACCGAGAUUGCUGCUUCAAGAGGUUGGGAAGAGGCUGUUGAUAUUCUCCAGCAGUACGCCAUUACAAAGUCGCCUUAA